UGUACUACUUGGUUUCCAAACAUUUAUCUGAAGAAAAUAAAAACAAAUAUAAGAAAAAACGAUAACCUUUAAAAUUCCCCCCAAAUUAUUAAAAAAAAAGGCUUUAAAGCGCAAAGGCAUAAAGACAGAAGCCAUUUAUAAAUAGGCGAAGCGAAUAUUAUAAUUAUCUUCAUCACCAUCUCCUCGUUUUGUUAAAUCUCUGGAAGUCUCUCUCUCUCUCUCUUUCUCAACUCUCAUCUCAUCAACCAUGGAUCCCUACAAGUAUCGUCCAGCGAGUUCUUACAACUCUCCGUUCUUCACCACCAACUCUGGUGCUCCUGUAUGGAACAACAACUCCUCCAUGACCGUUGGACCCAGAGGUCCUAUCCUUCUUGAGGACUACCAUCUCGUUGAGAAGCUUGCUAACUUCGACAGGGAGCGUAUUCCAGAGCGCGUGGUUCACGCAAGAGGAGCCAGUGCAAAGGGUUUCUUCGAGGUCACUCAUGAUAUAUCUAACCUCACUUGUGCUGACUUCCUCAGAGCUCCAGGUGUUCAGACUCCGGUCAUUGUGCGUUUCUCCACUGUCAUCCAUGAGCGUGGAAGUCCCGAGACCUUGAGAGACCCUCGUGGCUUCGCAGUCAAGUUCUACACCAGAGAGGGAAACUUUGAUCUUGUCGGAAACAACUUCCCUGUCUUCUUCAUCCGCGACGGGAUGAAGUUCCCUGACAUGGUCCACGCUCUCAAACCAAACCCCAAAUCUCACAUCCAAGAGAACUGGAGAGUCCUUGACUUCUUCUCCCACCACCCUGAAAGCCUCAACAUGUUCACUUUCCUCUUCGACGACAUCGGUAUCCCACAAGACUACAGACACAUGGAAGGCUCAGGUGUCAACACAUACAUGUUGAUCAACAAAGCCGGCAAAGCUCACUACGUGAAGUUCCACUGGAAACCAACUUGUGGAGUGAAGUCUCUACUAGAAGAAGAUGCAAUCCGCGUUGGAGGAACCAACCACAGCCACGCGACUCAGGACUUAUACGACUCCAUCGCCGCUGGUAACUACCCUGAGUGGAAGCUCUUUGUUCAGAUAAUCGACCCAGCUGAUGAAGACAAGUUCGACUUUGACCCUCUCGAUGUCACCAAGACUUGGCCUGAAGAUAUCUUGCCUCUCCAGCCCGUUGGGCGUAUGGUGUUGAACAAGAACAUUGAUAACUUCUUUGCGGAGAAUGAGCAGCUUGCCUUCUGUCCUGCUAUCAUUGUUCCGGGGAUACACUACUCUGACGAUAAGCUGCUUCAGACACGUGUCUUCUCUUAUGCUGACACUCAGAGACACCGUCUUGGACCUAACUACCUCCAGCUACCAGUUAAUGCUCCAAAGUGUGCUCACCACAACAACCACCAUGAAGGCUUCAUGAAUUUCAUGCACAGGGACGAGGAGGUUAACUACUUCCCUUCGAGGUAUGACCCGGUUCGCCAUGCAGAGAAGUAUCCAACUCCACCUGCUGUCUGCUCUGGAAAGCGUGAGAGGUGUAUUAUUGAGAAAGAGAACAACUUCAAGGAGCCUGGAGAGAGAUACCGUUCCUUUACACCAGAGAGGCAAGAACGUUUCAUCGGUCGAUGGAUUGAUGCUCUAUCAGACCCUCGCAUCACACAUGAGAUCCGCAGCAUCUGGAUCUCUUACUGGUCUCAGGCUGAUAAGUCACUGGGACAGAAGCUGGCGAGCCGUCUGAACGUGAGACCAAACAUCUAAAACGAGUGAACAAGAUUCUUGAUUGGUCGUUGUGUGGUAGGCAAGAGAAGAAAGAUGGGAAGAGAUCAGAUGUGCCAUGAUAUAAUCUUCAUCAUGUGGAUCUUGUGUGUUGUGUUGUAAUAUUAUUUGUUUUAAGACCAAAACAAAAAAACUUUGUUGUGUUGUGUAACGUUGGUUUUGUCUCAUGUUCUUCACAAAUAAUAAUACAUUCAAAGAUUUAUAAUAA